UAUGUUAUUAACUUUCUUACAGGAUGUUCAUUUUAAAGAUUCUGUGAAGAUGAAAAGGGAUAUCUUAUGGUUUUACGGAAUAUAAAGUAAUAUUGAUUGACAUGACGGCAAAAAAUGUUGGUGUGACUUCCACAAAUGGAGACUUGAAAGGAUUUAUAGAUCAGAACCAAAGUCCAACAAAAGGUAAUAUUUCAAUAAUCACAUUACCAGUUUCCAGCACCAACUCCCCAACUAAGAUUUUGCCAAAAACCUUAGGACCAAUCAAUGUGAAUGUUGGACCCCAAAUGAUCAUAAGCACAUCACAAAGACUGACCAGUUCAGGGAGUGUUCUGAUUGGGAGUCCAUAUAACCCAGCUCCAACAAUGGUCACACAGACACACAUAACGGAAGCUUCUGGCUGGGUUCCAGGGGACAGAAAGCGGACUCGAGAAUUUAUAGAAUCAGAUUUUUCAGAAAGUAAGAGAAGCAAAAAAGGAGAUAAAAAUGGGAAGGGUCUGAGGCAUUUUUCAAUGAAAGUAUGUGAAAAAGUUCAACGUAAAGGAACAACUUCAUACAAUGAAGUCGCUGAUGAGCUGGUAUCAGAAUUCACAAAUUCUAACAGCCACCUAGCUACAGAUUCGCAGGCUUAUGAUCAGAAAAAUAUUAGACGGAGAGUUUAUGAUGCCCUUAAUGUCCUGAUGGCAAUGAACAUCAUUUCAAAGGAGAAGAAGGAGAUAAGAUGGAUCGGCCUUCCUACAAACUCGGCUCAGGAGUGUCAGAAUCUAGAGAUAGAAAAACAGAAGCGGAUUGAAAGGAUAAAACAGAAGCGAGCCCAGCUACAAGAACUGCUGCUGCAGCAAAUCGCAUUCAAAAACUUGGUACAAAGAAAUCAGCAAAAUGAACAACAAAAUCAAGGCCCUCCAGCUUUGAACUCAACAAUACAGCUGCCUUUCUUAAUAGUCAACACUAGCAAAAGAACAGUUAUAGACUGCAGCAUAUCAAGUGAUAAAUUUGAAUACCUCUUUAAUUUCGAUAACACUUUUGAGAUUCAUGAUGACAGUGAGGUGCUGAAGAGAAUGGGAAUGUCCUUUGGGCUUGAGGCAGGCAAAUGCUCAGCUGAGGACCUAAGAACUGCAAAAUCACUGGUGCCAAAAGCUUUAGAAGGCUACAUCACAGAUAUGUCUUCAGGAUUUUCAUGGAUAAACCAAGGGUUACUUUCAAGUUCAGCACAAGCAAUUUCACAUUUAGAGGUAGCAGGAGGCACUUCUGACACUAAAUCAAGUGAGAAUCCAGGGUUGUGUUUGGAUGCUGAAGUGGCCUUAGCAACUGGGCAGUUUCUUGCCCCCAGCAGUCAACAGUCCAGCAGUGCAACAUCACGCUACUCUGAAUCACGUGGAGAAACUCCAUGCUCAUUCAAUGAUGAAGAUGAAGAGGAUGAAGAUGAGGAUUCUUCCUCACCAGAAUAAGGACAGUAGAAAACAGAAUACAUAAAAUGCUGCUCAUAAAUAUUCUUAAUGGGAACUCCUGUUUGGAUUUUACUGAAGUUUCUUGCCUUGGUGUGCACUGUGUUCAGUGAAGCAAAAUGGAAGCUUCAAAACAAAUUCAUCUGCAGCUGAAAUUGAAAACUUUUUGUAACUGAACACAGAGUGACAUGCAGACACAGAGCCAAGUGGUUUUUGUCAACUAUAACCAAGGAAAAGAACAAAAUCCCUGGAGAUUUGGCAAAGUAAACAUCAAGUUCACAUUUUCCAUUUUGGGGCAUUCUGUCUCAAGUCUCUGUCUUCCCCUUAUCUUUAUCAGCCAGUCAACAAAUGCCAGUUCUUGCAUUGUCUUUUGGCUGUGCUGCCUGUAGAAAAAGGGGGAGAGAGAGCACGUGCAAAUGCGCUAAAAUAACUAUUUAAAACUAUCUUAUAUGAAAAUUGUUCUAGGGAAAAGGGGCUGUUAGAAUGUUUGCUUUUAUCUGUUCGACUUGCUGUAUAGAAGAUUCUUAAAGUAAUAUAAAUUGCAAGUGAUUAAAUGAAUCUUGAAAAAGUUUAAAUCCAUUUUAGAUACUCUAAAAGUAACAACAGUAUGUCUCUUUUGAAAGGUUCAUAUGUUCAUUUAUAUUGCAGACCUAAUUUAUUAUAAAUAAGUGAUUAUUCUUAGCCAUUAUUAAACAGUCAGGAUAAAAACAGCAGUAUUCUCUGCACCAGCUUUUUUCAAGGAAAAAAAGAUAAAUAGUAUUUCUAGAUUAUAGUAUAUCCAGUAUAGCUUCUCCUUUA